GCGCUGGAACGCGACAGGAGACGGUGGACGGAGGACAGAAGGAGGAGGAAAAAAAAAAAAAAAGAGAAAGAGAAGAGAAAGAGUCGAGACAGAGGCGUUUCUUGAUGGACGUGGAGGAUGAGAGCGCCACGGCAGGGUUCGUAGGAAGUGCGCAGGGAGGACGGAGCCGCGGCGGCGCGUUAAAGCGCGCGUCAGUGUGAGAGGUCUGUCUCCAGGGGGGCAGAGAGGACAGAGAAGCGGCCUCUGACUCCCGGGAGCCCCAACACUCCCCAAUGAAGCAGUCCUGGUGGGGCCGCCUGGCACAGCUCGGCCUGCUCGCCGUGUGGACUUGCAUGUGGUUGGUCCAGGGAUGUGGACCCGGCCCGGGGUACGGCAUCCGCCCCAGGCCCCGGAAACUCACUGCCAUGCACUACAAGCAGUUCUUCCCCAACUUCUCAGAGAACAACCUCGGGGCCAGCGGGAGAGCGGAGGGCAAGAUCACGCGCAACUCGGAGCGCUUCAAUGAACUGGUGUGCAACUACAACCCAGACAUUGUCUUCAAGGAUGAGGAGAACACCAACGCAGACCGCUUCAUGACCAAGCGGUGUAAGGACUGUUUGAACAGGUUGGCCAUCGCCGUGAUGAACCAGUGGCCCGGGGUACACUUGCGUGUGACGGAGGCCUGGGACGAGGACGGACACCACCCUCCUGGCUCUCUGCACUACGAGGGCCGUGCUGUGGACAUAACCACGGACGACAAGGAGACGAAGAAGUACGGCCUCCUGGCCCAGCUGGCGGUGGAGGCCGGCUUCGACUGGGUUCACUACGAAUCCAAGUAUCACAUCCACUGCUCAGUGAAGGCUGAUCAUUCUGUCACUGUGGAGAAAGGCGGCUGUUUCCCAGGCUGGGCCCGGGUGACUGUCGCUGGAGGGAGGCAGAAGACCCUUUCGUCCCUGGCUCCCGGGGACAUGGUCAUGGCCAUGUCGGCGACGGGCCGAGUGGUGUUCAGCCGGAUCCUCCUGUUUCUGCAUCAUGACCAGGAAAGCCGGUCCACUUUUCUGUCUCUGGAGACAGAAGACGGCCAUAGAUUGGCCCUCACUGCACAUCACCUGGUGUUCCUAGCGCCGCGCUGCAGCAGUGACGGCGGCGGAUACCGGGCUCAGUUUGCCAGCAGAGCCAAAACUGGAGACUGCGUUCUGAUCCAUACGGCUGGGGGCGAAGUGCUUCCUUCUCAGAUCACGGCGGUUUCCGCGGUUGGAGGUGUGGGAGUGUACGCACCCUUGACAGAAGCGGGGACUCUGUUUGUCGAUGGGGUGCUGGCGUCCAGCUACGCCCUGGUGGAGGACCACGGGCUUGCACACUGGGCGUUCGGACCCGUGCGUCUCUUUUCCUCUUUGAACCAGUUCAUAUGGGGGAAGCCAACAAGGGAGCACGGGGCCGGCGACGAUGAAAAAGUUUGCACCAAGACUCCAAUGCAUUUUAGCACUUUGGCCACAAAGAGCAAAGCAGCCGUUUGCGUGAAUGACGGCUUUCCAAUCAAACAAGACAAUAUGAGUGAACCACUGAGGAUGGAAAUGAAGAACGGUCUCUCCUCAAACAGACGGACAUCACACGUGCACUGGUAUGCUCGCUUACUGUACAGCGUCGGACGAGUCUUUUUAGACUCCGGCGCGUUUCAUCCUUAAACGUUUGAGACUGCAGAACUCAUACAGAUCACAAUGCGGCUCCGCUACAGUCUCACUAACGCUUGUGGUUUGCUACAAUAAAUUAAAAACAAUGGUAUGGCUUUCUUGCUUUUUUCCAUGAUGACCUGUUAUAAAAUCUACAAAUGCUUCCAUAUAUACAAACCAAAAUGCAAAUUGAUGUAAAAAUCAUAGUAAAAAAACAAUGUAUCAUAGUUUAUUUGUAUAUGUUAUUUCUCUGCAUCAUUUAUUUUAUUGUAAAAUACAUAAAUAUAUAUAUUAUCCAAAGGGAUAAGAUUUAAUUCCACAAACAAUAGAAUCUUUAUUUUUGUACUUUGAGUCAUAAUAUAUAAAUGGAUCAUUUUUGUUAUACCAGUUCCACUGCCUGUACUGUAUACCUUCCACUUGUAUGUACAAAACAAUUAAACUGUAAUUUUAUGAAGCAGUAUUUUCCUUUUUUUUCCUUAGGUAUAAUCUUUUUUUUUCUGUUUUAUCUUUAGUGCAC